AUGAAAAGGCAUCCUCGCUCAACUUCCUUCGAUUUUACUCAUCCAGGAAUUCCUGGCGAUGAACUCGAGCAAGAUCGCAUUCAGCUAGAGCACAACCUACAAAACACCGACCUCUCCUUUCGACUCUCGUCACAGGGCGACAACGACAGUAUAGAGUAUCCCAGACAUAAUUCCGGCCAUCUCAACGAUUUUGGCUCAUUUAUCAACCACUCUCGCGGCAACUUUGGUGAUGGCGACACACAUCAUGGCUGGUCGUAUCGCACAGGCGAUGACGAAGAAGGCAUCAAUCCUUAUGGAGGCGAGACCAUGUCUACUGCAGCGCAUCACGCCAGUGCUCUGACCCUUACGGCUGGACUUGGAGGGCGAGGGAACCGGCGAGAUGCUAGUCUCAGUGGGGCAGAGUAUGACCCUGACAGACCUUUAGAAAACAUCAUCGGUGGUGUUGACAGUAGGUUCAGUCUUUUUGAUUUGGACCCUUCGAGGUCAAAAUACUCGGCUCCUGGUCCUGGUACAUCUCUCGAUCCUCUGGUGGUCGAUAGUACAGCGGAAUUAGACCGAAUUCUCGAAUCGGGUUAUGCCCUUCCACCUGCCCCUCGAGAUGCAAACCCUCAUUUCUCGCGCUCAUCUUCUUCCUCUUCUUCAUCCGACUCUGAAGGUGGUCCUUCCUCACGCCCGAAAAUUGUCGAUUCCCUUCGACGAGUGUCAUUCUCGCCAAAACGUCCCCGGGUGGCUCAUCCUACACACACUCCUCGCCAUCGCUCAUCUAACCUCCCUGGCUCAACACAAUCUAUUAUUAAUUCUGCACGUCACGUCACUUCACCUUUAGUUCGUGAGGCCUCCCUAUCGUUGGCCAACGAACAGAAUGCUCUUACUCCUAAAGCACGUCAGUCAACUAAACGCACCAACAAUCAAUCCACUCCUCAUCCUGAAGUUCGCCUCCAACCUCCAACUCCCUCUUCGUCUACAUCCAGGUUUUCUCAAAAAGCACGAGGUUUGACACGAGAACUUGACGCUGAAGUCGAACGCACUUACGCAGCGCAGAGCAAGAAUCGUAGCAUCGGAGAUUCUCUGUACACUAAUGCCGAAAUUCCCUCCAUUUCGUACGACAUUCCACCUGCGAAUGGGACUCCUGCCCCAAAGCGAACCCAAAAAAUAUACAACACGCCCAGUUUAUCUAAGGGACACAAUAUCUCUCAUAGUAAACUCUAUCUACCUGACGUAACUGGCUUGACGAAUGCAGUCGAGUCACCAGCUAAAGGAGCACUUAGUACCCACUACCCAUAUCAAUCCAGUAAUGAACCCAGAGAGAUCGAAGUACGCCUUCUUACCGUCAUGAACACCAUUCAAGACAAAUUGGAGCAACUGGAAGACGAAAACGGAAUCUCUCGUCGCAGAGUACGUGAGUUGGAACUGGAGCUCGAGAUGUGUAAGAAGGAUGUUGCCAGAGAGCGUACGAGGGUUAUACAGAAAGAGGAAGCUAUUUUGCAGAACCAGCGUGAGCUCGAGCGGGCUGUUGCCGACGCGAAGAGAAGUAUGAAAGGCAAGACGCGAGCGAGGGACACGAGUAUGCACGCGGACAUCGAUGCGUCAGUGAGAUACAAGGAAGCCGUGGAGGAAAAGAAAGCAUUGGAAUCACUUAUCACUACUCUGCGUUCACAUUUGACUCGCUUAACGGCGGAACUCUCUUCGCACCAAGAACUUCUGGUUGAGCUUCGUUCGUUCCGUGAAUCAGACGCGCGAGCGCUUAAGGAGAAGACGUCUGACAUUACUCGUCUGAGGGUUGAGGUCGAGAGACUUGCUGGUGAAGUUGAGGUUCUGCGAGGCGUAGUGGAGGAAGGUCUCAAAGAGCGAAGGCUUGCGCGCGAGAACUCCCGGGCGUCUGUGUCGCAGGUCAAUUCCGAGUCUAUGGCGCAGCAGGAGAUUCUGGAAGACACUGAGGAGGCAGUUGAUUCCACUGGGGUAAGGGAAGACGAGCAUCAGCAGGAGCUCGAAGAAGAGGAAGAUGGAGAGGAGGAGGAGGAUGAAGAACUGGAGGAGGAAGACCUUGAUGAUCACGAAGAGCCGGAACCCUUCGAUCCUAUGUCCAUUCCUGGAUCCUCCCGUGAAUUAGACGCAUUGGACAAGACCGUUCGUACAGAUCGCGCAACUGUGGGUACUCCUGGGGCCAGCCAGCGAAACAUAUCACGACCUACUCGAUUCAUCGAUGAUGAUGAACUAGAGCGUAUCGCCGCAGAUGUUGAAGAGAGGCGGUCUGAGCGUUCCGCCGCGGGUACUUCUCGCUCUCAGUUCGAUUCCAGAGUGUUGAAUCCCUCCCGCUCAGCUUCUCCUGUACCUGCGCCUACUGCUGCAACACAAAGACGGGCUACAGUUGAAGAUGUCGCUGACAAGAAUGACUGUGUUCAUAAUCUGCAUUUCCAGGAAGAAAAUAGAUCGCCAUCUCCAGCGUUGAGCUCCGCAUCUGUCCGACUACGGCGGGUCAAAGCUCGAGAGGCACAGGAGAUUCAUCAACCGAAUCGUCCUUCACCUCCUACUCCUGGGCAUGCAACGACUCAUAAUCACAGGCCAUCGUAUAGGCACGCUGAUCCUGACGAUUCUAUUGCUGAGACUCCAUUCCCCCAGAUUCGCGGCGAGCGUCUUGAGAAACUCUUCUUCAGUGCGCCUGAGCACAACCAGAAAACCUGCAAUGUGUGUUGUCGACAUCGAGGUCCCCGCGGAGUCGAUACAAGACCCAUGUCUCCCUCAUGGCUCCCGAGUCGCUUUGCACAAGAUGUUAAUCAGCAUAAUUAUGAAGCGGAUGGUGAUGUUGACGAAGGAUUCGCUGAAGGCUCAGAGGAGGCUAAUCAAGAGAAUUUCCGUGACCACUUUGCGCGCGGGAUGAAGAGGAAUGGGAAACAGCGAGAUAUGGGUCCUCCUAGAGACACCUACGAACAAAGGAAGAAUCUGCCUCAACAAACUGUUCUUGCUCGUGUCAUUCGAGAACUCGAGGAUGAUUUCACUCAUUACAAAAGUGUGUACGUUGAACUUGCCGACCAGUAUAAAGACAUGGAUCCUGUAUCUGAUGUUCCCCGGAGGAACCUCUUGGCUCAGCAUUUGCGGGAAGUUGUCGAUAUUCUGGAACAGAAGGGUGAUCAAAUAGCAUCGUUGUACGACCUUUUGACCUUCAAGGACAAACCUGCAGUUGAUGCGCAAUCGAGACCCCAACCUCGUGCUACCGAAGCUGCAAAUGCCUUGCGCGCAGCUGGGCUGAGGAGACACCCCACUUUCGCAUAA